AUGUUUUGUGCCAUUAGUGGGAAACUGCCUAAAGAUCCAGUUUUAUCACCAAGCAGUCAAUGUAUUUUUGAAAAAAGUUUGAUAGAAGAAUAUGUGAAGCUACAUCAUAAAGAUCCAAUAACGAAUAAGUCAUUGAGUGUUAAACAACUAAUUGAAAUCAAGUUACCACCACAAUCGUUAAGUCCAAUUACAAAAACUACUACUGAUAAUAAUAAUAAUAAUAAUAAUGGCAGUUUACUAUUAAGUGAUCCUAAUUUAACAGGUAUUCCAGGGUUAUUAGAAAGUCUAAGAACAGAAUGGGAUGCUGUAAUGUUAGAGAAUUUUACCUUAAGGCAUCAACUAAAUGAGUUGAAAAAUAAAUUAUCACAAACUUUAUAUAAAUAUGAUGCAAGUGUUAAAGUGGCUGCGAAUGCCUUGAAAGAAAAAGAUGCUUUAAAAAAAGAAAUUGAGAAAUUGACUCAAGGUGGUGGAAUUCAUUACGAAUUGAUCGAAAAGUCAAUUGCUCAUGUUAAAACUUUAAAGGAUUUAAAAUUUAAGUAUGUAAAUGAUUUGCAUAAGCAUGAAAAAACUUCCUUCGAAUUAACUGGUAAUCUUCAUUAUGGAAAUCUCGAAAAUACAUCUUCAUUAAGAUGUAAUUAUACAUUGUUGGAUGGUUUAUCUUUGGAUAGGGGGUUCAGUUUACUUUUUGAUAAUAAAAGCUUAAAAUUCUCUAUAAUUACUAAUGCUACACCAAUCAAUGGAAAACCUAUUACAUUCGACUAUCCGUUUGACCAUUCCUCUGAAUUAAAUGACUCAGAUAAAAAUCCCUCCAAUAGCAUACUAUUGUAUAGUAAUGUUUUCACGUAUAAUAAUGGCGCCCUGGUUGUGUUUCUUGAUAGAAAAAUGAAGCUAUAUUGGUCUGUUUAUCAUGAAGAAAAUAAUAGUCCUACUUUAUCCGAAUGGACCUCUAUUGAUACAGGAUCGAUAUUCAGCGAUGCAGUUGGUUUGCAAAUAUUUUAUUUACAGUACAUAUUUAAGGAUUAUUUCUACAUAAUAGUUCAAAAAAGUAAUAAUCAAGAGGAUGUUGUGGUUUUACAAAAAAUAAGUGGUGGCAGCGAAGGUUACUUGCCAUUAACCACUUUAGACAGUAAUGUUGAAUAUUGCGACUUACAUAAAGAUGGUUGUUUGUUGGCUGUAAAAACAAAUCAGCAGAUAGUAUCCAUAGUUGAUUUGAGUGAAAAUUCUCAAAAAGUUACUAUAAGUUUAAAUAUGCCUCAUAUAAAUAAUCAUUGGGGCACUGUUUCCUUCAAGUUUUCGUAUAAUGGUUACUGGUUAUUUGUGUUUUAUUUGAUGGGCUUUGUUAUUUACGAUCUAAGAAAAGAUCCUUUACAAGUGGAGUAUGAAUAUAUAAAUGAAAGUUUGCUGAUGGGAAAAUAUUGUAUGGAUCCUACUGGUAGAAAUGUUUUCUAUGUAGAUGAUUCUGUAAAUGAAUUAGUUUGGGUUGCUUUUAAUAAGAAAUUAAAAAAAUGGGAUGUAUUAUAUAAAGAGUCACUGGGAGAUGUAUCGGGGGAAAGCAUUCAGGGGUUAUGCUACACUUUCAUAGAGAAUAAACCGGUUUUAAUGAUUACGAGGAAUGAUGGGAACAUUUCACUUUAUAGUUUCAAAUAG